AUGCCCGCCCCGACAGCAACAAUGUCUCCCAUCGAGGAGCCCUCCGACCCGGACCCCGUCGUCGCCUCCUACGACGUCUUCUUCAACCCCUCCCUGCCCCAGGGCCGCAAGCUCUGGGUCCUCCAGCAGCCCAACCGCACCGACCCGCGCCAGGCCGGCCCCUCCGAGAUGCGCCUCAAGACCCGCGCCGGCAUGGUCGAGGUCGACAUCCCCCUCGACUACACCCAGUCCUACGAGAAGGAGAAGGGUAUGAAGUGGGGCCGCCAGCUCAAGGCGAGCCUCGAGGCCAAGAACGGCGGCACACACGGCCUGUCUGGCGGGUUCGGCGUCGGCGCGCCGCCCCCGAGGCCCAAGAAGCGCGGCGAGAUCGAUCUCGAGGACGAGAUGUACCUCGAGUGGCCGGAGGCCCUGCGCCAGGACAAGGUCCUGCGCACGCAGACUCUUGGUGGACAGUGUCCUGACCAUAAGGAGGUCCAGUACAUGAUUGGCGUCUUCCAAGGCAAGGACUUACACCUUACCCCCGUCACAAACCUCGUACACCUCCGUCCACAACUCCACCACAUCGACGCCGCAGCCCAACAAGAACGCAACGCAUCAGCCGCUGCCGCUGCCAAGGAGAACGCGGCCGCGGGCGCGGCAGCAGGAGGUGCAGGAGCGGGAGGACAGAGCGCCGCGGCGCGCGCGAUCCACAUGACCAUCAAGACGACCCCCGACGGCGCGGCGGCAAAGAACGAGACGAUGGCCGACCGCUUGCGCGCAGUCCAGAUCGAGCCCUGGCGGAAACUCAAGUACACCGACGAGAACGACGAGGCGGCCUGGGAUAUCUACCAGGAGUCUCUCAUCCUCCGUGCGCCGGACGGCAACAAGCCGCCGGCGACUGGGGAAGACGAGGAAAAGAAGAAGGCGGCAAUUGCCGCUGGCGAGGCCGAGACGAAGCCCGUAGUCGACUUGGCUGUGACCAUGGCCAGGUUGGAGACGAAGUGGGGUGACGAUGAACUAUUGGAGGCCGUCAGCGGCAUCAAGAAGCCAAAAGUAAUGACGAAAGCAGAGCUGGAAGCUGAGGCGGCCGCGGCCGCUGCUGCGGAGGAAGAGGCACGGAAGAUGAAGCCGAAGGCACGAGGUGCGGUAGCAUCCAGACGAGGUGGCAAAGCUAGAGCUGCGCCUGCGCAAGCAUCGUCAAGCAUGGAUCUAACAUAG